AUGCUUCAAUGUUCUUUUGAUGGCAAAGAAUAUGUCUGCAAAACGUGUCAUGCUAAACUACUUGAAGGUCAACAGCCUUGUCAAGCUGUGGUAAAUAAUUUAUUGGUUGAUGAAACCCCCACUGAACUUGCUGCAUUAGAGAAACUUAAACAAAUUCUUGUUGCCCAGAGAAUAGUCUUUGAAAAAAUUGUAAUAAUGCCGAAACGACAGCAGAGAAAAAUUAAAGGUGCAAUAUGUAAUGUACCAGUUGAAUGUAGUCAAACAUGCAAUGUUCUUCCCAGACCACCUGACAGAUCUGGGAUAAUUUUACUUAAAUUAAAAAGGAAACUUCAAUUUAGAGGUCAUGUUUACUUCCAAGCAGUUCGUCCUCAGUUUGUAAUUAGUGCAUUAAACUGGCUUAUAGCGAACAAACCGUUAUAUAGAAACGUUGAAAUUCAAUGUGAAAACAUCAGCCCAGAGUUGACUAAUUUGAACUGUCUUGUUACAGAUCAAGAAGAUAUAGACAAGCAUUUGCAAACUAAUGUAAAUAGAAAACUUCUUAAUGAAGAUGCUGAAGAACAAGAUGCCCAAUUAAAUGAACACCGUUCAGCUGCAACUGAAACCUGUCUUCAGUUCAUCUUGCCAAAUUAUCCUGUUAAUCUGUUCUAUAGAAACUGUGAUAAUUCAACAGGUAGAGAAAUUUUUAACAUUGUACCAGGUGAAGGUAAACACCCAGUAUUAUUGAUGACUGAUAAACUUUGUGAGGAACUUUCAUUUCCAGUACUCUUUCCAAAGGGACGAUUUGGAUACACUGUUGAACGAGACAUUAAAUUAUCUCCAAUAAAAUAUUUCAAUGCUCGCCUCUUGCAUUAUAGUGGGAAAUUUGCAGCCAAUCCAGAGUACCUAUUCUUUGCACAAUUCAUUAUGGAACAGAAAAAGAUCUCUGAUAGUAUAAAUAUAGCUCUUAAAAAAAUACAUGGGCAGUCAGUCACAGCAUCACAAGUAAAAUCAAACAGUCAAACUUUUCAAAAUCUUCUUUUGCAAGACAAAGCAUAUUUAUUUUUACGACAAACUCCUGGCUCACCUCCUUACUGGCAAAAAUUCAUGUAUGAAGUGGUAGCAAUGGUUGAACAACUGGGAAUACCAACAUGGUUUAUGACGCUUUCAUGGGCAGACUUAAGAUGGCCUGAACUAUUUCAGAUUAUUGCAAGAACAAAAGGAAACAACAUAACAAGUGAAGAAGUAGACGCUCUAUCCUAUCAUGGGCGAUGCACAAUGUUAAAUUUUAAUCCAGUUAUUGUAGCUAAACAUUUCCAGUAUCGAGUCGAAACAUUUUUCAGGGAUAUUUUGCUUACAAAUGCAAACCCAGUCGGUAAGAUAGUAUAUUAUGCCCUCCGUAUUGAAUUUCAAAUGAGGGGUUCACCACAUUUGCAUGCAUUAAUAUGGACAUCUGAUUGCCCGGACUUAACGAAUGAUACAAAAGAUGCAUACAUAGAUUACAUUGACCGACAUGUUCAAGCAUACCUCCAGGACAAAGAAACAGAUCCUGAACUUUAUGACUUGGUAAAAACGUACCAGACACAUAAUCACAGUAAAACCUGUAGAAAGUAUAAGAAUGUUGCAUGUAGAUUUAACUUUGGACAGUUUUUUACUAACAGAACAAUUGUUGCUGAACCUUUGGCUGAAGAUAUGGAUGAAGAGAUUAAAAUCAAAUAUUCUAACCAGACGAAAGGAGAAUUUGUCUAA